UUCUGCAUAGAUAACGUAAUCUCAUCCACAAUCGAGAGGUCCAGACGAACCCAUUUUUAUCGGUCCUCUCGCGCGUUCGGAGAGACUGUUUCAGAGCCUGAAACGAAGAAGAAAAACAACCAUGUCAAUUUCGGCUAUGUUCGGGUCGAGCGUCUUGGUGUUGCCCAUUUCCUCUGGUUUUACAUCGUUUAAGCGCGGUGGGACGAAGAUAGGCUCAUUGGGUGGCGGCAGUGGUGGGUUGCUGAUAGAGUGUUCGUCCAGGCCGCAGAAGAAGGCGACGGCGCACCACAUGAAGACGAGGCCGCGCAAGUCGCAGGGCUGGGACAGAAGGCGCAAACCCACAGUGUACGCUCCUCUGCCGCCGUUGCCUCCUGACUGGAGUCUGGAGGUCUCUGGCGAUGCUUCUUCUCAAGUAGCCGUUGAACUUGCCCCUCCCCCUCCACCAGCGCCACCCAUAACUGAGUAGUGCUCUCGUACUAUUCCGAGUUACUGUGUUUACGGUCUCGGGUGUUUCACAUGUUAAUGCUUCUGGGUUUGAUUUAUCUAAUGUACUGCUUUUUGUCUAGCA